AAACUGCAAUUGAAUGAUUUCAUACUCAAAGAAACACUGGGCACUGGUUCGUUUGGCCGAGUUCACCUGGCGCAGAGUAAAAUCAACGGCAAGCAUUAUGCUGUCAAGGCACUGAAUAAGCAUGACGUUGUGCGUCUCAAACAGGUUGAGCACAUCAACAACGAGCCAACCAUCCUCCGCGACGUUGCCCACCCAUUCCUCGUCACUCUCUGGGAUACCUUCCAGGACGAUUCCCAUCUGUUCAUGGUGAUGGACUAUGUACCCGGAGGAGAACUGUUCCGCAUCCUGCGCAAGCAAAAGAAGUUCAGCGAGAGUGCGGCCCGUUUCUAUGCCGCCGAGGUCAUUUUGGCACUCGAAUACCUCCACGAGCGAGACAUCAUCUACCGCGAUCUCAAGCCAGAGAACAUCUUGCUUGAUGCCAAGGGACAUGUCAAGCUCACCGACUUUGGGUUUGCCAAACGAGUACCCGAUAUUACCUGGACAGUAUGCGGAACACCAGACUACCUUGCCCCAGAAAUCAUUCGUUCAAAGGGCUAUAGCAAGGCUGUUGACUGGUGGAGUUUGGGCGUGCUGAUUUAUGAAAUGUUGGUCGGAGAACCACCGUUCGUGGACAAGAAUCCUGUUGGUCUGUACGAAAAGAUCCUCGACUGCCGUAUUCCAUGGCCCAAGGACUUUAGCCCUGUGGCCAAGGAUCUGCUGCUCGGUUUACUGACACCUGAUCUGUCUCGUCGUUAUGGCAACCUCAAGAACGGCAGUGCAGAUAUCAAGAUGCACCCUUGGUUUGCUGAUGUCGAUUGGGAGCUCGUUGCCCGCCGCCAAGCAAAGCCACCAUUUGUGCCCGACAUUGAAGGUGAUGGAGACUCCAACUGCUUUGCCCAAUACAAAGAACCAAAUGUUUCAUACGGUCGUCAACUCAAUGAUGAUCCCCACCGAGCCAAAUUCCCAGCCUUUUAA